CGUUGCCAGGUAUUUGCAACCUCGACUGCCGCUGAGCGCCAGAGUGAGAGACAUGGCUGCUCAAGCGCGAGCUCUCGUUGCAGCGCGGUGGCUCGCGGACGCUGUCAAAAGCAACCGAGUGGGGCCAAAUCUGCGGGUAUUAGACGUAUCUUGGUAUCUACCUAAACUGAAACGCAACCCCAGGGCCGAGUUUAAAGAAACCCACAUUCCCGGAGCCUCGUUUUUCGACAUCGACGAGUGCUGUGACAAAACCUCCAAGUUUGAUCACAUGCUGCCUACCGAGGGCGAGUUCGCAGACUAUGUCGAUAAUCUGGGAAUAGGGAACAACACUCAUGUCGUCGUUUACGAUACCAGCGACUUCGGCUCGUUCGCUGCUCCUCGGGUGUGGUGGAUGUUUAGGGUGUUCGGGCACAACUCGGUGUCGGUUCUGGACGGUGGAUUUAAGAACUGGUUAAAGGAGGGCCAUGCAGUGACCGAGCAAUAUAGUAAACCAGAGCGUGCCGAGUUCAAGGCGACCUUUAACAAGUCCUGGGUCAAAACUUACGAAGACGUUUUGAACAAUAUUAAAACCAAUGCAUUUCAAUUAGUUGACGCCAGAGUCAAUGGAAGAUUUCGUGGGGUUGAACCAGAGCCGAGGGAAAACAUCGAGCCUGGUCAUAUUCCUGGAUCGAUCAACAUGCCUUUUCCCAGCUUCCUGGACUCAACAUCAGGUCUAGAACUUCCUGUGGAGGAACUCAGGAAGCUCUUCCAGCAGGCUGGAGUCGACAUGCAGAAGCCCUUCUGGGUCACCUGUGGCUCAGGUGUGACAGCCUGUCACAUCUCCCUCGCUGCUCACUUGUGCGGCCACCCGGGGGUCUGUCUGUACGACGGGGCAUGGGCCGAGUGGUUCAUUAAAGCUGCACCUGAACAUGUGAUCUCUGAGGGAAAAGGAAAACAGCCAUGAUGAAUGGUUUCUUGGUGUACUAUAGCCUGUACUACACUGGAAUAAAGAACUGAUGACUAAUAGAA